GGCCCCGGCUUCUUCUUUGGCCUUGCGAGGGAGAGUCGUGGCGCGACAUGGAGUCUUCCCGGCGGGCUCAGGUCGCCGGCGGGCCUGAGGGAAGCACGAUGACUGGGUCAAAUGAAUUUAAGUUGAACCAACCACCAGAAGAUGGAAUCUCAUCUGUGAAAUUCAGUCCUAACACAUCUCAGUUUCUGCUUGUUUCAUCUUGGGAUACUUCUGUUCGAUUGUAUGAUGUUCCAGCCAACACCAUGAGACUCAAGUAUCAACAUACAGGAGCUGUACUUGACUGUGCUUUUUAUGACCCCACGCAUGCAUGGAGUGGAGGAUUAGAUCGACAGUUAAAAAUGCAUGACUUGAACACUGAUCAAGAAAAUCUUGUUGGUACCCAUGAUGCUCCUAUAAGAUGUGUUGAAUAUUGUCCAGAAGUGAAUGUAAUGGUAACAGGAAGUUGGGAUCAAACAGUCAAGUUAUGGGACCCCAGAACGCCCUGUAAUGCUGGAACAUUUUCUCAGCCUGAAAAGGUUUAUACAUUGUCUGUGUCUGGUGACAGGCUGAUAGUGGGAACAGCUGGUCGGAGAGUUCUGGUGUGGGACUUACGAAACAUGGGCUAUGUUCAGCAGAGAAGAGAAUCAAGUCUUAAAUAUCAGACCCGUUGCAUUAGAGCAUUUCCUAACAAACAGGGUUAUGUGUUAAGCUCCAUAGAAGGUCGUGUUGCAGUUGAGUAUUUGGAUCCAAGUUUGGAGGUUCAGAAGAAAAAAUAUGCUUUCAAAUGUCACAGAUUGAAGGAGAAUAACAUUGAGCAGAUUUAUCCAGUCAACGCCAUCUCUUUCCAUAAUGUCCAUAACACAUUUGCUACAGGAGGUUCUGAUGGCUUUGUCAAUAUUUGGGAUCCAUUCAAUAAGAAGAGACUCUGCCAGUUCCACCGCUAUCCUACCAGCAUAGCAUCACUAGCCUUCAGUAAUGAUGGAACCACCCUGGCAAUAGCAUCAUCAUAUAUGUAUGAAAUGGAUGACAUUGAACAUCCUGAAGAUGGUAUCUACAUUCGCCAAGUGACAGAUGCCGAAACAAAACCCAAGUCUACUUAACUUCUGACCAAAAAGUUUCAGUGAUUUGUCUCUCUCAAAAGACUCCUUCGCCUGCUUCUGACAAGAGUACCAGAAAAGUAAAUCCCGGGAUUAAAUGGAGAUCUGUUUCAAUAAUGCUUUCACUGAAACAAGUGUUUGUAAACAUUUGGUAUACUCUAUAUCAUCCUUUCCUUUUUAGCAUAUCCAUGAAUCAGUGUUGUCUUCAUCUUUAACGUUAAACAUCUGUUUAAGCCUGCUCAUUUCUUUGAAAUCUUACAUUUUGUAAUCAAACUUUUGUACAUAUUUAAUAGUGGCUUAACUGAAUAAAUAAU